AGACCGCGGAGCGUUGGAAAUGACGCUCGGAGCUUUAAUUACCGCAGCCGCCGGACAAGUGUGAGGAAAGCUGACAGGAAAAAGGACAGGAUCGGGGGAGAAGCGAGAAGCUUCCCCCCACUCCCCUCGUCCUCCUAUUCCCUCCCAAUUUGGACUGGAGGUGCAAGGAAACUGAAAAGGGAGCCGAACAUAGCCCGGCUAGGGGGAGAGGCCGGAAACCUACCGCCUCUUUGCAAUCAACUUUUUUUGGAAACCUUUUUCCCCCUUCCUUUUUAUUGUUGACCAACCAGUGAGAGAAAGUGAGGAGGGAGCGAGAAAGCAAAGGCUCACACAGGGAAAUAGCUGCACAGUCCGGCCCGGAGAACCAGGCACACAUACUCGAGCACACUCCCACACGCGCACACAAGCGCGCACACUCACCCCCUCCUCCGGUCCCCGGCCCUGGACCCGCGGGCGCUGACUCGGUCGCCGGUGCUUGGAGCGGGUGCACCGCGCACGUCGCGCGCCAGUUCCCCUCGCGCCCCCAAGCGCGCCUGGCUGAGGAAUCUCCUCCGCGUGCCCGAAAGGGGAUAUGCCAUUUGGACAUGUAAUUGUCAGCACGGGAUCUGAGACUUUCAAAAAAUGAAGCUGGCGACAGGACUGUGGGUCUGGGUGAGCCUUCUCCUGGCAGCGGGGACCGUCCAGCCCAACGCUUCUCAGUCAGUGUGUGCAGGAACAGAGAACAAGCUGAGCUCUCUCUCUGACCUGGAGCAGCAGUAUCGAGCCUUGCGCAAAUACUAUGAGAACUGUGAGGUAGUCAUGGGCAACCUGGAGAUAACCAGCAUCGAGCACAACCGGGACCUCUCCUUUCUGCGGUCUAUUCGAGAAGUCACAGGCUACGUGUUAGUAGCUCUUAAUCAGUUUCGCUACCUGCCUCUGGAGAAUUUACGCAUUAUCCGUGGGACAAAACUUUAUGAGGAUCGAUAUGCCUUGGCAGUAUUUUUAAACUACAGAAAAGAUGGGAACUUUGGACUUCAGGAACUUGGACUGAAGAACUUGACAGAUAUUUCUAUUCGAGAAGUCACAGGCUACGUGUUAGUAGCUCUUAAUCAGUUUCGCUACCUGCCUCUGGAGAAUUUACGCAUUAUCCGUGGGACAAAACUUUAUGAGGAUCGAUAUGCCUUGGCAGUAUUUUUAAACUACAGAAAAGAUGGGAACUUUGGACUUCAGGAACUUGGACUGAAGAACUUGACAGAAAUCCUUAAUGGUGGAGUGUAUGUAGACCAGAACAAAUUUCUUUGUUACACAGACACAAUUCACUGGCAAGAUAUUGUUCGGAAUCCAUGGCCUUCCAACUUGACUCUGGUAUCAACAAAUGGUAGCUCAGGAUGUGAGUAA